CAAUUUACGCAGGCAGAUAUGCUCUCGUCGGCUACGGAUCUGUACGACGUGUCUCCGGCGUGGUGGCAAACGGACUGCGUGAGAUACGGGCUCAGUUACACACCCGUGAGAUCGCGGCUGACGUCGCUGAUGGGGAGCCACGUGGUGCGGCUGACGGAUCGCGGAUACAUGACGCGGCUCGCGUCGAGACUGCAGGAGGAUUACGUGGCGCGGCAAAGAACUCGCAUCGAACGAAGGAAAUUGAGGGACACCACGGUCCUACCGGAACUGCGUGCAUUACUGCCCAGGUCGCUGCCGAGGGCGAGCCGGCGGCGUCAACAAUGCGCGCCGAAAUUUCACGCCGGCGCAGCUAAAAAGUGUAACCAACUCCCGCAGCUGUUACUCGCGGCUGACUCGGAACCCCGUGUCGGAUUUUUAAAUGCGCGAUAAGUCAUAUUAAUUUCCCGC